AUGGCUUCACUACAAGUAAAGGCCGACGCGGUCAAAACGGCCCUGACAGACACCUCGACAUGCACAACUGCGACCGUUGUGACGCUCAAAGAGUUGUUAUUACUGGACGCUGACAACUCAACAACGGCACCAAAGACAACAACAAACUCAAAGACGAAAAGGGCGGCGCCUGGCAAAACACAGACCGCAAAGUCUAACACAGAACAGCUACCUUCCAAAGACCGUGCUGCUCUCGCGACCCAUGUUAUCAACAUUUGCAUCAAGUCCUUGAACGAGGCUGCAAAACCAUCAGUCCCCACGACUCCUGGCAAGCGACAAGCAUCUCAGAGCGACCUGAAAAAAGCUUCAGGCCCCCGAACACUACGGAGGUCCCUAUCCGCGCCCUUGUCGCCGCUGCAGCCCCGAACCUUAAACCGAGUCGCUACUUCACCGAACGUCACAUCGAAAGCAACAUCACAACUACCGCAACAAUCAACAGGAUGCCUUGCCGUUGUCGAGUGCGCGCGCGUCGCUUUUUUAUUCCUUCGAUCCACUAUUGGCGCUGUUCAACCCACGCAAACAGACUUUCAACUCGAGAACGGAAUGUCAGCAUUCAUCGGCAAGCUUCUAACUCUAGGGUUUCAGGAUCAAGCGCUGAAGGAACUGAGAAUCUUGAAACGGAGACUGGAUGCUGGGGUCGGCAAGACGACAAAACCCGCAUCAAGCGAGGGGCAGACAGCAGCUCAAGUCAUUGCAGAAUUACUCGACUAUGGGGACAAGAUCCCCGAUAACUUGCUCUCUGUAGUCACAGGAUGCCAGUUCCAAGUACUGCGGUGGAUUUCGCAUUCCAAAAAGCCACACCAUAUCGAAGCCGCACUGCCGUUCCUUGAGGAAUCUCACGUUUCUUCCCCUGUCAGACUGUAUGAGAGAUUGGGAGCUCAAGACAAAAAGGAAACCCAGAAAGCGGCCCGGCAACUGGCAUCAUUAUCCCAGACAAUUCUAUCAUUCGCGCCGAGUGUGUCCAGCAAGGAGGACCAAGUUGCCACCGAAAUACGAUUGAGCCCAUCUCCCACUUCAGCUUUCAAGCUGCAAGUACUAUGCUUCAAAGCCCAGCUUAAAUGGUGGAAGAUGGCUGGCCAUCGCGGAAGUAUUGACGACGACAUACUCUCGCCCUUUUCUCGUUGCGUGCGCGCAUAUACUCGACGACAUCCAUCCGCCAAUGGACUUACAUAUGACCUGAUCGCUACAUCAUUCCAGGAACUUAUGGAUCUCAUGGGUUCUCAGAAGUCACAAGCCAAGACAUCCUCCGAAUCACCCCUGACUUUGCUGUAUCAGCUUCUAGGAGUUGCUGCCCAAACAGACCGCAAAUACGAAGCAGCAUGCCAGUGGUUCCAAACACUGAAGGGCGUACUGAAUCCUGACGAAGAAUCAGCUAUCCGCAUAUUCUCGGUUUCGGCUCGUCUCCUUGCUGCUUUAUUAAAACAGUCCAAAUACGAUACCAAGACAAAGGAACUUGUGCAAGAGGUUACAGAGAGCCUAGAGGGAAGUUUAAGUGGCAAUAUUACCGAUCUAAAUGAACUGUUGGAUAGUCUUUCGCUUGCCCGACGAUCAGCUGUUGGACUACUCGUGAGUAACUCGAAAGACUCAAAAUCAAAGAACAGCACGGUCAACUCUAUCAUGCAACACCUCAAAACUUUUAUUACGAAGUUCCCACGAUUCGGUCGCCGCUGGCUAGGAGCUCCUCCUGGUAGGGAUGCCUCGACCAAGGCCAUUCUGCAGUUCGAUCAACGACGAGAAACUCUUAUGCAAAGUAUUAGCCAGAUCAUCGAUGGUGCUUUGGUAGUUAUCAAUAGCGACAUUCAGAACGACUCGACUUCAUGGAAGCAAUUGGACGAAGUUUUGAUGGAUUGCAACAAACUAGUUGAUAGUGUUGUCGACCCUACAACUUCGAUAGCACGAACGGAACAGCUCAGCGGCUAUUUUGUCAAGAUCUCAAGUCUUUACUUUGCAAGGUACAAUCAGCUACGUAAGGACCUAGGGAAAUCCAAACAAAUCAACAAGGAGAUUCUUCAGUGCCUAAGCCGAUCCAUCGAGAUAAUCCAGGACCGUCCCAUGGCACAGCAAGAAAAAGCCCAGAUCACAACCAAGCUGGAGCUUUUUGCCGACCUGUGUAAGGCUGGAAACCGGAGUGAAGAGGCGAUCAAAACGUUACGGUCAAUCUGCACAAACAUGAUUGAAGAGGGUGCCUUGGUGAAAGUCACAGCUACCCUCGAUUCGCAGCCUCCCAGUGUCGCUUGGAACGUCGAUGAGAGGGCAGAAACGUUGUCUCGAACCCUACGUUCAAUUGCCAAGCUUGAUCAGUCAUGGAACGACUGGGCCUUUUUUCUACAAGAAAAUGAGCGAGCCGCAGUACUUGAGCAUCUGAUGCAGAUCGAUGGCGAUGUCACUUUCAAAGGAGAGCCGCUCAAGUUGUACGACUCGUCUGUACAGUCUAUCUUGAAGAUAUAUACACCAGAACGCUUUCCAAUCCGACGCCUUCGAGUCCUACUCCAACUACUUUUUCAAGUCAUAGGAGAAGAAAAUGAAAUGGAACAAAUCACCAAGCUGAUCGAAGAGCCGCUUCAGCAGCUGGACAAUGAGGCCUACGGCGAGGACAGCUCGCUGGUCCGUUAUAUCCCUCAUUUAAGGACACUGGAGAAGUCGGUUUCAGCUCUGGCUGUGACUGACGCUCCUCUCCCCGUCCCUGUGCUGAGAGACGCAAUCGCUUCUUGGAGAUUGAUGACCGAAUCCUGCAAGUCGAGAAGUGAACUCUACGAACAGAUCGAUAACCCAGAUGGUCUCGUUUUGCACCUACAGUCUGCCAGUCAAUUUGCCAGUCUGCGAGGUGAGCAUGGUUUGCAACUAGAGAUCUUGGAACUGUCAGCACCUCUAUCCAAGAUCCUUACUGAGCCGACAUACAAUAACGUAAUUCUCAACCACACGCUCCUCGCCUCGCAGCAUCUCAACAUUGGUCACUUUGCUGAAGCAAAAGAGACACUCGAUGCAACGAAGAAGCUACUGGACCAAGCAGAAGGCGUCUCCCGUGGGUUGGUUGCCGAAUUCUAUCUUACUGAAGCCGAGUAUUAUUCUGGUAUCGGCGAUAUUAACGAAGCGAAUUCCUCAUUGGCAGCUGCCAAGGCGAUCUACGGCGGAUCUACCUCGUCAUGGGCUCUGUCAAGAUCUCAAGCCAACAUGUCCAUCGCUCUGAGUUCAUUUUUAGAAUCGGUUCUCGCGCUGAAGCGCGGUCAAGUUCAAGAGGCUCUAGUCAGCGUUAAAUCAAGUGUUCGAGUCCUAUCUCAUGACUGGUCCAAGAUAGAAGCAUCUGUGACCCAAGGUGCUAGCUUAAGCGUCAUGGAUGCUUCGACAACCAGUUUGGAUAGCGCCAAAGCUGGUGCUAAGCUCGGCCAAGUGAUCGGGCCACGAUUCUGGGCACUCGCAUUUCCCCUUCUGCGAGGUCUUUUGCACGUCUCCUCCGUAUACGCUCAUCUUGGCAUGUAUCAAGAGACUGUUUACUAUGCGGAAUCCGCCCAAAAGAUUGCAGAGAGUACGGGCUCGCCACUCUACCGGGCACAAGUCCUGGCCUGGAUAGGCUCUGUUUAUCAUCGCGCUGGAAAGCUGACAAAGGCUCUUGAUUUUGGAAACGAGGCUUUCGAGGAAUUGCCACAAGAUAUCUCGGCGUCUCGGGUUCAAGUUGCUUGCCAACUCGGUGGGUUGUUUCGCGAUACGGGUGAUGAAGACAAGGCUCUCCAGCUUCUUCAGCUCGCAGAGGAUACUGCCCAGCGUCUCGGAGAUCAUGGUAAGGUACUGAGCAUCCAGAACGAGGCUAAGAAGACGGCUCCAGUUGCUGCCAAGGCACGAGCUGCUGCCACUACACGCGCUACUCGCACUGCUGCCAGGACGACCCGAGCCAAAGCCGCUCCUGUUGCUGCUCCUGCACCAAAGACUCGGAAGCGACAGGCAGCAGUCAAGAGUCAGCCGUCUGCUUUGGAAGUGUCCAAGUUGCCAAAGGACGCGUACCAGGCUUCAUUGAUGGCUUCGGUCAUUUUGUCGCGAGCCCUGGGCUUCAUCAGUCAGAAGGACUGGACUUCAGCUUUGUCAACUCUGGAGCUUGCCAAAGAACUGCCAAAACUCCUCGGCACCUUGUCUCAGGAACAAGUUGUGACUGCAAUUUCUCUUAUUGGCCACAGCACAGAGCAGAUGAUCCAUGAUCCCGUCUUCUCUGUCGUACAGGAUUCAACAAUUUCUUUCCCAGCAGUCGCAGCUUCUGACAAGGCGAGACGUUCGAUAAGUCAGACGCCUCCUCGGAAGGGACGUGCGACCGCAACGGCCACUGAACGAAAGAUUUCGAAGGAAACCAAUGUUCCUGCCUUUGCUGAAGCAUUGAAACAAGCCCAGGAGCUCCUUCUCGAGGCUCAUGCUUCGACUCUGUCAACUGCUAAUAGCACCAUGGUCCAUCGCAUCUCGGCUCUACUUCAGAAUACCGUCAUUCUUCUCUCCGCCACCUCAACGACGCAAUCCAAAGUUCUCGCAGGCUCAGGCUUUGCUACUUUCUCUGUUGAUUUGGCUCGCAACGUUACUUGGAAGCGUGAGCAAAGUACACUGCAGAACAAAGAGGGCACUGGAACAGACGGUUCGGGCUCUAUCCAAACUUCGAGACGUGACAGCCUCGCACUCACAACUGAGAUGUCCAAAUUCCAAGAGGACUACAUUGACUUGGUGCCUCACAACUGGAGUGUGAUCUCUGUCUCUUUAAGCGACAACCAUCAUGAUUUGUGCAUCACCAAAUUCCAAGCGGGCCACAGCCCUUUCAUUCUCCGGCUGCCACUCGAGCGUGCCAAUUCUCGAGAUGCUGACUCGGAGGUCUUCAACUUUGAGCACGGGAAGGAGGAGAUGAUGGAGAUUAUCCGGCUUGCCAAUGAAACAAGCCACUCUGCUAGCCGUGACUUCAGUGUCAAGGGUGCAAAGUCUGCAUGGUGGGCUGAGCGAGAAGAAUUAGAUGGACGACUGAGGGAUCUUUUAAGCACAAUUGAGACAACUUGGCUGGGUGGUUUCAAGGGAAUUUUCUCCCAGCACGAACGACGACCGGAUCUCCUUGCCCGCUUUCAAAAGAGCUUUGACCAAGUCCUCGACAGCAAUUUGCCUUCACGAAAACAGGGCCGAGGCAAGAAGCCAACAAAGACAUACAGGGUGUCUCUCGACCCUCGAGUCCUCGAUCUGUUUAUCGGGCUUGGGGAUCCUACUGAUCCGGACAGUGACUACGAUGAGGCACUCAACGAUCUGCUCUACUUUGUCGUCGAUAUUCUUCAGUUCCACGGCGAACGCAACGCGUACGACGAAAUUGAUUUUGAUGCAAUGGUGGUCGAGACGUAUGAUGCACUGCGCGGUUACUACAAUGCUGUUAAGAAAGGAUCAGAACGAGCAGAAGACGCACAUACUGUUUUGGUAUUAGACAAGGCUCUCCAUGCCUUCCCUUGGGAGUCAAUGCCAUGUAUGGAAAGCCUCGCUGUUUCACGUGUUCCUUCUCUCGCUUGCUUGAGACAGCUCAUCACAGAAUCACAGCCAUUUGCAAACGAUGAUGAUUUUGAAGAUAGGCCUGAGGGUCACUAUGUCUCUACCGAGCGAGGAACGUACAUCCUAAACCCCUCGACAGAUUUGGUUAACACACAAUCUACUUUUCAGCCAAUUAUGAAGGGUUUAAAAGAUUGGGAUGGUAUCGUCAACCGCGCUCCUCAAGAGGCCGAAUUCGAAAAGGCGUUGUCAGACUCUGAUAUCCUGCUUUACUUUGGCCACGGAAGCGGAGCGCAGUAUAUUCGAGCACGCACAAUUCGUCGUCUCGAAAAGUGCAAGCCAGCAACAUUCUUAAUGGGUUGCAGUUCGGCAUCACUAACGGAAGCCGGAGAGUUUGAGAACUACGGUCCAGUGUGGAACUACAUGAUGGCAGGAUGCCCGGCGGUUGUGGGCACACUAUGGGACGUGACGGAUAGGGACAUUGAUCGGUUCGCGGGCCGAUCGUUUGAGGAAUGGGGGUUGUUUCCCAGGGGCACGUUCAAGGAGGAUAAGCGAGCCAAGGGCAAGAGUCGGGCCUCGGGCCAGGACGAGACUAUGGCGAGUGAAUCGGAAGAAGAUGGGCAGGUAACACGUAACGUGUCACUAGCCGAGGCCGUUGCACGGUCCAGGGAGGCGUGCAGAUUCAAGUAUCUCAACGCCGCCGCGGUGGUACUCUAUGGAAUUCCUGUGUACAUCAGGCACAAAGGUGACGAGUAA